CGGUGUUCCUGGCGUACCCGGUGUCCCAGGAGUUCAAGGAAUGCCUGGUACCAAAGGUGAACCAGGCUCUUCAUGUGUUAUUGGUGCAACGAGUCAAAAUUACACUGGCUUACCGAACUGGAAACAAUGUACAUGGACAACUGGUGAUCACAGAAAUUUUGGAUUAAUAAAAGUUUGUAUACUUUGUAAUUUUCGAAUAAUAGUAAUUUGCGUGAAAUAGUGUAGGCAAUCACCCCAAGGUAUUGAAGUCGUGUGAUAUCCUUAUAGCCCCACAAAAAUAAAAGUUGGAGGGCUAAGCCCCCCCCCCAAAAAAAAAAGAAAUGGAUAGGAUUCCGGUUGGGCAAAUUUAGAGAAAAAAUUUAGGAAAAGUGAAAGAAAAUAGGUACAUGUAUUAAAAAUAUCAAGUAGGAAAUAUGUUAGGAAAAUAAUCUUUACAGAUGUAUUUGAGGAUCUCAACCGCGGAUUCCCUGAACAUCUACAACUAUCGGAGGGAGGGGGGAGUUUAUCAUUUAAAGGCCAAGGGAGUUCGAGGUUAAUGGACUUAAUGGAGAAAGUGGGAUUAAUAGAGUGAGUGGAUAUAUACAUGCCAACUGAAUGCUUGCAAUGAAAUUAUUUUAUUUUAGAACUGCCCAUUCAACAAAAAGUAUGAGGAAAGUUAUCUGCGAAUCUUCUAUGCGGGCAAUCUUCGAAUUAGAGACUGCGAUAACUGCUGCAAGCGAUAUUAUUUUACUUUCAACGGAGCAGAAUGCAGUAGCCCACAUACCAUUGAUGCAGUUUUCUAUAUUUGGAAAGGAAAAGGCACGACAGAAAUUCAUCGUCAUCGCCAUAUAGAGGGUUAUUGCCGUGUCCCUAAAGGUAACAUCAACGUUGGCUUCCUGAUUGGUAAUUGUCCGAAUUAUGGCGAUGCUGAUGCUCAUAGUGGUUGGCUUUCAGUAUCCCGCAUUGGAAUUGAAGAAUUGCCUCCGCCUCAAUCUUGACGAACGUUAUAACGGUCUUUUGUGCAGUUUCUGUUUCAAACAUAUGAAAAUAUAUUUGCAUGGGUAUUUGAUUUUGAUUCAAACUAGAUAAGUUGAAUAAGGUCAUAGUUUCGACAUUUGGGAAUGAUUUUGAUACAUAUACUCUUUGAUAUUUCGAAAAUCUCUUAAAUAUAUUAAGAUUUAAGAUUCAAUGACAG